GGUGGGUUGUAAGGUGCACUUUACGCUGGGGUUAAUGCCUAUAUAACACUAAAAAAAAAGGCAACGGUAGACGAGUGGAUACUAGAUAUAUAUAAUACAUACCCAUAGUGCUGGGAGAAAGUGUUUGUGUCUUGGAUAUACCGUCGCAUGAACAUACGGAACGACUGAAGAACAUCUUUCAAAACCAAGAAAUGAUGGGGUGGUGAUAAGAGUCUAACCCCCCCUUCCCAUCACCUCCCCCCUACCCCCCGACCCCCUGCCACCAACAUGGAGUACGAUAAAGGCGAUCUGGUGUGGUUUGACCCCGGGCUGGGCUACGUCCUGCCCGGCGAGGUCAUGGAAUUCCACCGGGCAGGUCAGGUCAUCACGGUUCAGGCGCUGAUUGGCGGGAAGUCACAAGUCUUCACGCUGACUAACUUGUCUUCGGUGCGGAGAAGACAGGAUCUAGGACCCAAUGGCGUGGACGAUAUGAUCAGCCUGUCGGACCUGAACGAAGCAUCGCUGUUAUGGAACCUCAAAAUCAGAUACGACAAAGAAAUGAUAUAUACCUACACGGGCAGCAUCCUGGUGGCCGUCAACCCGUACCGGAUGUUCGAUAUCUACGGGCUGGACAUGGUCAAGAAAUACGAGGGACAGAUUCUCGGCACGCUGCCCCCGCACAUCUUCGCCAUCGGUUCGGCCGCCUACUCGCGCAUGAGCAAGGACAACGUGAACCAGUGCGUGGUGAUUUCGGGCGAGUCGGGCGCGGGCAAGACCGAGUCCACGAAGCUGAUCAUGCAGUACCUGGCGGCGGUCAACAAGUCCCAGAGCAACCUGAUCACCGAGCAGAUCCUGGAGGCGUCGCCGCUGCUCGAGUCCUUCGGCAACGCCAAGACGAUCCGCAACGACAACUCGUCUCGCUUCGGGAAGUACCUCGAGGUCUUCUUCAAGGACGGCGUGAUCACGGGCGCCAAAAUCACGGAGUACCUGCUGGAGAAGUCGCGCAUCGUGACGCAGGCGCCGGAGGAGCGGAAUUACCACGUGUUCUACGAGCUGCUCGCCGGCCUCCCGCAGGACAAGAAGGCCAAGUAUGGACUCACGACGGCCGAUAAAUAUUUCUACCUCAAUCAGGGCGGAUCGUGCCAGCUGGAGGGCAAGUACGACGGCGAGGACUUCCAGGCGCUGCUCUCGGCCAUGCAGGUCCUCGGGUUCUCGACGCAGGAGCAGGACACCAUCUUCAGGAUCCUGGCGGCAGUGCUCCACCUGGGCAACGUGUACUUCCACCGCAAGCAACUCCGCCACGGCCAGGAGGGCGUGGAGAUCGGCAGCGAGGCGGAGAUCAAGUGGGCGUCGCACCUCCUGCAGAUAGACGCCGAGGGGAUCAAGAGGGCGCUCACGACGAAGAUCACGGAGGUUUUCCCAAUUUCUCUCGGGAAGGAGGCGAGGAACGAGAGGGUGUUCACGCCCUUGAACAUCGACCAGGCCCUGGACGCCCGCGACGCCGUGGCGAAGGCCCUGUACUCGUCCCUGUUCUCGUGGCUCGUGAGGCGCAUCAACCAGAUCAUUCACAAAGGCUCGAAGAAGACGCAUAUCUCCAUUCUCGAUAUCUUUGGCUUCGAGGCUUUCAAGGAGAACAGUUUCGAGCAGCUGUGCAUUAACUACGCCAACGAGAAGCUGCAAUACCACUUCAACAAACACAUCUUCAAGUUGGAACAGCAGGAGUACGCCAAGGAGAAGAUCGAGUGGCAGAGCAUCGAGUUCCAGGACAACCAGCCCCUGAUCGACCUGGUGGCGCGGAAGCCCGUGGGAAUCCUUCACCUCCUGGACGACGAGAGCAACUUCCCGAAGGCCACCGACCACUCCUUCCUCGAGAAGUGCCACUACAACCACGCCCUCAACGAGCUCUAUUCCAGGCCCAGGAUGUCGUCGAUGGAGUUCGGCAUCAAGCAUUACGCGGGCCAAGUGUGGUACAGCGUGGAGGGCUUCCUGGACAAGAAUCGAGACACGCUUCGAAACGAUGUGGUCGAACUGCUCAUCUCGUCGAAGCUUUCGAUGCUGUCGGAGAUGUUCCUGGACGUGCGACUGUGUUCGGAGAGCAAGACGCUGACGAAGGCGAAUGGGCGCUUCGUGACCAUGAAACCCCGCACGCCCACGGUGUCCGCCCGUUUCAACGACUCGCUCGCACACCUCAUGGAGGGCAUGUCCAAAUGUAACCCGUGGUUCGUCCGCUGCAUCAAGCCUAACAACGAGAAGGCGCCCCUCAAGCUCGACAUGCUGUGCGUACUGGAGCAGCUGAGAUACGCAGGCAUGUUGGAGACCAUCCGCAUUCGCCAGCAAGGGUUCCCAGUGCGGAUGCGGUUCUUGCAGUUCGCCGAGCGCUACCGGUGCCUGGUGCCCGGUCAAGUGCCUAGGGGCGCCCCCUCCAAGGAGAUCUGCCGCGUGGUUCUGGACCGCGUUUCCCGGGGCUCGAGGACCGCCUACCAGCUCGGGACGACCAAGAUCUUCCUGCGGGAGGCACUGGAGCAGACGCUGGAGGAGGAGCGCUACAAGAGGCUGUCCAACGCCGUCGUCACGCUGCAGCGGUUCGUCAGGGGAUACCUGGCCAGGAGGAAGUUCCGCUCGCAACGCCGCAGCGCCGUCAUAGUGCAGGCGAUGGUGCGUAUGUGGCUGGAGCGACGACGUUACCGCACCCUCAGGCAGGGCGUUGUCAAGGCUCAGGCACUCGCCAGGGGCCGCAUCACCCGCAGGAAGUUCGUCAAGCUCAAGGAGGAGAUGGCCCGACGCAAGAAGGCCGAGGCGCUGGCGAAGGCGAGGGCCGAGCGGGAGGCGCAGCAGACGAAGGCGGAGCAGGAGCGAGUGCAGAGGUCUGUGGCCGGAGUCAACCACCUCGAGAUACCUGCCGAGUUGGCCUUCAUCCUCUCCAAGAUUAAUGACUGGGAGAAGCCCCACCGAGAGAAGAACAUCCUGAGGGCCGGCGCGCCUGUCCGCCCCGCCGCCAUCCACUAUAGUCUCCCCCACGACAUCGACUAUCACCCGUUUUCUAAGUUCACCAAUGUUUACUUCAAGUCGCACCUGUGGGGCAUGAAGCGCGAGCCCAUCAAGACGCCCUUCCUGUCGAAGGCUCGCGACGCGGACUACAUCGACUCCCUGGCGGUGUUCAAGCUGAUCCUGCGGUUCAUGAACGACCACACGCUGUCGGGCGAGAGGGAGACGGUGCUCGGGAACUACAUCGCGAAUAAGGGCUUGGUCAACGAGCAAUUGCAAGACGAGAUCCUGUGUCAGCUGAGCAACCAGACGUGGAAGAAUGAAAACACAGCCAAUGCAGAGAGAGGAUGGUUACUGCUGGCCAACUGCCUCUCCGUGUUCUCUCCCUCGUCCAAAUUGUACAAGUAUAUCCUCAAGCACGUGUCCGACCACGGCCUCAACGGCUACGCGGGCCUGUGUCAGCGGAAGCUCCUGUCGUCGCACAAGCGCUCGGGGGGCGUGGCUCGCUCGUGCCCGCCCACCGACCUCGAGUGGCGAGCCAAUCGGAAGAAGGGACGGAUGGCUCUUGAGGCGCGGUUCCCCGAUGGCAAGCUGGGCAUCGGCGAGGUGGACUCGUGGACGACGGCGCGGGAGUUCGCUGCCCGCCUUCUGGAGGAGCGAGGCGUCGAGGAGACUUCGGGCUGGACGGUGGCCAUCACCGAGGACGAGGCCAUGACCGAAAUUCCCGGCCUCGAGUACGUGCUCGACCUCAUAGGGGAGAGGGAGCUGCCACCCGCCUUCCCGAGGUGUACCUCCAGUUCGCUUCACUCAGGAUCCCGACCAGAACGGAGGUCGUCAGCGCCAGUGCCUCUGCCGGGGAUGGACGCCGCCGACGGUGCGGUGCUCGAGGAGUCGCCCGUGGUUGCUAGAAGGACUCGCUCCCCGCCUCCGCUGACGAGGAAGCUGUCCCGCGAGGCCCUGGAGGCGCACGACCAGGCCCUCGAGAGCGGCGAGACGGCUGACGGCGACGGCAUGGGGCUCUCGCGGACGUCGGCGCUCAACAACCGCUACUUCGACGACAAGAACAAAAGCCGAUCGCUCGACAACCUCCUCGACGGUCCGCCAGAUAUACAGAUGCUGGGUCUGUCAAGCAGCCGCCUCAACGACCGGUACCACAGCGUCGAGAGGUUGGCGGAGCAGCGCGGCCUCUUCGGCGGCACGGAAGGCCCUCAGGAUCUGGACCACCUCGAGUCCGUGUCGCAGAGGGGCGUGGCCAAGUCGCUCUCGGGAUCCCGCACGUGGAACAAGUAUGAUCUGCUUGAAGAGAGGAACGGCGAGGACGAGGUGAAGACGGAGUACUCGCGGACGUCCAACCGAUACAUCAAGGGCGUGCACGCGGGGCGGCGGGGGCACGGCGGCGGCUCGCACCACUCCAGUCGGGCCUACAUCGAGCGCGAGUACCUCAAGUCCUCGGCCAUGUCGGAUACCAGCGAGGCGCCGUCGCUCGCAUUACGUUCCGUUCGAUGUUCUGUGAAAAAAUAG